CGGUGCUCCGAUUGCACUUUUGACUGUCACUUCUGGUUAAGUACUGACCAAUUUGAUUGUUGAGUACAGCAUCCUUGUUACUUCAAUUCCAUAGAGACACCCCAAAGAACGGGAAGCUCCCCACUUAUUUCACCAACCAUGCGAUUUGGAAGAACCCUCCGAAAUUCAGUUUACCCUCCGUGGAAAGAUAAAUAUAUUGACUAUCAAAAGCUAAAGUCACUCUUGAGAGAGCAUGAAGUGACAGUAGAAGAUGACAGUGAUACCGAGAGCUCCACUUGGACGGAGCAAGAUGAGGAGGCGUUCGUGAAUGAAUUGAUCAACAUUCAGCUGGAUAAGGUCAAUGCUUUUCAGGUUGAGACUUCUAGUCAGCUUCGGGAACGGACAUCUGCAUGUGAGGUUAAACUGCGGCAGUUAGUACCUGGGUCAAAUGACGAGGAGGCGCCGGUUGUCGAGGAGACGAAGAGGAAAGCUAUUGCCGGUGAGGUCCUCGACGAGCUUGACCGAAUCCUCAAAGAAGUGAGCGAACUGCAAAAGUAUAGUCGGAUAAACUUCACCGGCUUUCUCAAAGCUGCGAAGAAACACGAUCGCAAGCGUGGUGCGCGAUAUAAGGUCAAGCCCCUUCUCCAAGUGCGACUGUCACAGCUGCCGCUUAAUUCGGAGGAUUACUCGCAUCUCGUCAACAGAAUAUCUGUGAUGUACUCAUUUGUCCGUGAGGUACUCAGUCAGGAUGUCCCCGAACCAGGAAAGCCCUCGGAAACUGUCUUCGGUCGCGAGUCGUACUCAUCGUACAAAUUCUGGGUGCACGCAGAUAAUCUCCUGGAGGUGAAGACUUACAUUCUCCGAAGACUCCCUGUUCUCAUCUACAGACCAGGAAACUCCAAUAAUCUCGCGACCAUUGAAGAUCCCACUAUUACGUCUCUAUAUUUCGACAAUCCUCGUUUCGAUCUUUACAACCAGAAGGUCGCAAAGGCUCCUGACGCUGGGUCCUUGAGGCUACGCUGGACCGGGCAAUUGAAAGACAAGCCAGCCAUCUUUCUGGAGAAGAAGGUUCUUACGGAAGAUGACCAGAGUCGAGACGUGAGGUUGCAGCUCAAGGAGAAGCACAUUCAGGAAUUUCUUGAAGGCACGUAUAGAUUCGACAAGAAGGUCCACAGAAUGUUGGAGGUUGGGCAUGGAGAGUUGGUAGAGGCCGAUUCGCUGAAGAGAGAUGUGGAGGAGCUACAAGCAUUUAUCAAAGAGAAUAAUCUGCAGCCCAUGCUUCGAGCGAACUACACCCGCACAGCCUUCCAGAUUCCUGGCGAUGACCGGAUCCGGAUUUCUCUCGACACCAAUUUGGCCUUGAUCAGGGAGGAUUGCUUGGAUGAGGACCGCCCAUGUCGCGAUCCUUCUCAAUGGCAUCGCACUGACAUUGACGAUGCCGCCAUGGAGUAUCCGUUCAAUGCUAUUAGGGCUGGCGAGAUCGCCCGUUUCCCUCACGCGUUGUUGGAGAUCAAGCUGAAGGGGAACGCACAUAACGCUGAAUGGGCCAGGGAUCUUAUGACCUCCCAUCUAGUGAAGGAAGCUCCUCGAUUCUCAAAGUUUGUUCACGGCGUCGCCCAAUUGUUUGAUGACUAUGUCAACAGCUUCCCGUUCUGGCUGGGCGAACUGGAAAAUGACAUCCGACGCGAUCCAGAGACCGCAUUCCACGAAGAGCAGGAGCGCUUGGCGAAACGGGCUGAGGAUGACAUGGCAGUGGGAAGUUUCAUGGGGAACCGUUCAAGUCCCUCCUUUGGGGCUCUCAUCGGAUCCCCAGCCGGUAGGCUCAUCGACGUAGGGUCUCCGUCACAAGCUGGGAAAACACCCCAGACGACAACACAUCCUUCACACAGGCCCUCCGCUGCAAAACCUGGGCCUUCUGUAGAAGCUCGCCAGUCUUAUGAACUGGCAAACAUGCCGUCUCGUCUUGCCUCCUUUUUCCCGUCAUUUCCAAUCUCACGCUCUCGAAACUCUCAUAAUGAAUCUGUUGACCUACCGCCUGGAAUUCGGCAUCCAGGCAGAUGGAUCAAGGAUGCUGGCCCGGUACGCGUUGAAAGUAAAGUAUGGCUCGCUAACCAACGCACAUUCAUUAAGUGGCUACACAUAAGUGUACUCCUUUCCUCGCUCUCCUUAGGCCUGUAUAACGCUGCGGGUAAGCACAAUGAUAUUGCGCGCGCGCUCUCUGUGGUUUACACAUUCUUCGCUCUUUUCGCGGCAGCCUGGGGAUGGUACAUAUAUGAAUUCCGCGCUAGGCUUAUCCGCCAGCGGAGCGGUCAGGACCUGGACAAUAUUCUUGGGCCGGUGGUUGUGUGUCUCGGUCUGGCGGCGGCGCUGGUUAUGAACUUCGGGUUCAAGUUCGCUGCUGUCCUUCGAGAAAGGAGAGAAGCUCAUCCGGGACCGUCUCAAUGGAUUUCGUCAAACGCUGUCGCCGCGAAUUUGAGCGACUUGGCUCUGGUCAACCAGGGAGGGCAGUUGCUCUAGUUAGUUGGCUCUCGUCAUGUUUAAUUGGAAAUCUUGUCGACUGCAACUCUAUAUCAUAUUUCCUAUCUCCUCUGGCUUAUUCCUUCUAUCCAUGGGAUGACGAAUUAAAGAUGACGGGAACGAGGUCCUUCGACGAUCAAUCAUGUUGAAGCAUUGUGUAUUGUUAUCACUCAGUACCUAGUCAUGUCUUCUGUAUAUUUAAGCAGCACAGUUAACUUCCUUU